CCACCAACGGUUCAGACUCCCUCAUACAGAUCAAGCAUAGUCAACCAUUCGUUGAGCAGAAGUCCCUGAGUGGUACGCAGCCACAAAAGCUGAAACAUGGUUUCACAACGAGAUAAAGAGCUGUUUAGAGAUGAUGUUCGGUCUCGAGGAACGAAGCUCAGUGCUGCUGAUCGCGAAAAUCUUCUAAGGCCAUAUCUGCCAGACCCGUCUGACCUUCCACGGCGGCCAGCUCAUCGCCGCAAGAAGGCUUCCCGAAGAACACCUAUACGGACAUUUGUCAAGUCACAGCUGCAUCUACUUACCUAUACCAUUAUUCAUAUCAUUUUCGGGAUUAUUUCCCGACUCACCCUAAGCUAUCAUGCUGUUGUGGAUCGAAUCUUUGCCAUCAUUUAUUACCACCACCGAACGCCAGAAUUAAUACGAAAAGAUGUGAAGAACUUAAAGCGCUUGCCAGAACAUUUGAGUGUCAUAUUGUCAUUGCGCAAAGAAGACGAUGCCCUGGCUAUCUUGAUGGAUGAAGUAGCAGAGCUCGCAGCCUGGAGCGUGAGUUCCGGGAUACCUGUCCUAAGUGUCUAUGAAAAGACCGGUGUUCUGAAAUCCUGCAUUCCUGUCCUUUACCAAGCCAUUAUGAACAAAUUGUCCUCUUACUAUGGUUCUCCGGCGCAGCAACCAGUAUUGCGACUGUUUGCUCCCCACCACCCGAUUUAUAACCUGCAGCAAGGCGUGGCGCCUUCUCAUAGGCCCAAUGCCAACCCUCUCACAAUGCUUCUCUUGUCUGCUACUGAUGGCCGGGAAACGUUUGUUGACUUAACCAAGACGUUGGCGGAGAUGUCGCAGAGUGGUAAACUCUCACCAGAAGACAUAACUAUGGAAUUGGUUGAUGCGGAAAUCAGCGAGAUUACUACCCAGCCCACUCAAACGGCCACGUCCGUCCCUCUGGGUAGAACAGCAAUGGAUACUGGUCACAAUGUCUCCAUAGUGAAGCCUGAGCCUGAUCUUCUUCUGGUUUUUGGCCCGUUCUUGAAGUUGGAUGGAUACCCACCCUGGCAUAUCCGACUUACCGAGAUGUUCUGUACUGGCGGUAGGAGUAGCGGGAUGACCAAUUGCGACGAAGCUGUUGAAUAUCACGGCUUUCUCAGGGGUCUCUGGCAUUAUGCUGGUGCUCAGAUGAGGUUCGGCCGAUGAAGAUGGUCUGUCCUGUGUGUAUGUAUGUUUUAAACAUGUUCUUGUCAGUGUACGCCAAUUUUCAUUCGAAGAUGGUCCAUGGAUGCAGAAUUCAAAAGAAAAACAGAUGGCGCCAGCUUCAUCAACCAGUGUAGUAUGCUGCUUCACUCGACGAUCGGUCAUAUAUUAAGACCCAUCUAGACUGAGUGGAGUCUGAGAGGAAAAUCAUACCGACAUACGAAGGUUAACUGUCUCUGUGGUAGCUAUGGUUUACACGCAACGCAUUUUCUAUAGUGAGCUUGGUGACUGGGC